CCCCCCCAUGGCGGCGCAGAGCGGUCCCAGCCCCCGCCGGCCCCGCGGGCUGCCCGGGCUGGCGGCGCUGCUGGCGGUGGCGGCGGGGGGGGGGCCGGGGGUGUCGUCGGGCACGGUGGGGAUGUCGCCGGUCACCACGCUGGCUCGCGACAUGGACAAGCUGGCGGGGCUGGGCAGCCACUGUGACACCCCCCGGAGGAAGGCUCCGGGGGGGCCCUUCCCGGGCCCCCGGUGCCGCCUGGCCCGCGCCUCCUCGGGCUCGUCCCAGGACUCCGCCACCUCCGACGCCUCGGAUGCGGGAGUGGGCCUCGACUCCCCCACGCAGGAGGACCCCGAAGCCCUGGAGGACGUCUUCGAGAAGGCCGUGCUGGAGGCCGGGAGGGUCGUCACCGACAACAAGCUCCUCAUCCGGAGAAUCCACUCGCUGCCGCCGCGGCUCCUGGGGGCCAGCCCAGCCCUGAGGAACAUCUCCAACUGCAGCGAGUUCAACAGCCCGCCGGCGAGAGAGCAGCAGGGGCAGCCCCGGGACGAUGAGGGGUUCGUGUUUAAGAAGCCCCAGAGGCCGGGGCACCGCAGCCGGCUGCAGGCGUCGGAGGGGGGCUCGGGGAAGGAGCCCUUCGCACAGAGACCCAGCUCCGCGCCCAACCUGCUGUUCGACACCCCCGAGAAAGAAAACCUGCCCGAGGGCGAGAGCCCCGUGGUGCUGCGCCGGUGCUCCCUCACCUCCUCCAUGGCCGAGGAGGACGACGAUGGCUUCAUGGAGAUCCUGGACGAGGAGGAGAUGAAGAGCGACGCGGAGGUGCCGCCGGGGAUGGCGAGCCUGCUGACCGCCCCGCUGGUGAAGAAGGAGGAGGCAGAGCCGCAGCGCCCCGCCAAGCGCAGCAAGUGCCGGCAGCUCUUCCGCUCGCCCUCGAUGCCCAGCAGCGUCAUCCGGCCCAUCCUGAAGCGCCUCGAGCGGCCCCACGACAGGGACACCCCCGUCAAAACCAAGCGGCGCAGGAGCGUGCCUGGCACCCCGGGCGAGGUGGCGGAGCCGAAAGCGCGGCUGAUGCGCUCCAGGUCCUUCUGCCAGGAGGAGAUUGAGAACAUGCUGGCCAACGACCACCGGGAGCUCAUCGGAGACUUCUCCAAGGCCUACCUGCUGCAGACGGUGGAGGGCAAGCACCAGGACCUCAAGUACAUUUCCCCCGAAAUGAUGGUGGCGGUGCUGAGCGGGCAGUUCAGCAGCUUCAUCGAGAGCUGCGUGAUCGUGGACUGCAGGUACCCCUACGAGUACGAGGGAGGCCACAUCAAGGGUGCUGUCAACCUGCCGAUGGAGCAGGACGUGGAGGAGUUCCUGCUGAAGAAGCCCAUCGUGCCCUUCGACGCGACCAAGCGCGUGAUCGUCAUCUUCCACUGCGAGUUCUCCUCCGAGCGGGGGCCCAGGAUGUGCCGCUUUGUCCGGGAGAAGGACCGUGCCUGCAACGAGUACCCCCACCUGCACUACCCCGAGCUCUACGUCUUGAAGGGGGGGUACCGGGAGUUCUUCCCCCAGUACCAGGCGCACUGCGAGCCGCAGGACUACCGGCCCAUGCACCACGCCGACUUCAAGGAGGACCUGCGCAAGUGCCGCCUCAAGAGCCGCACCUGGGCGGGCGAGCGCAGCCGCCGGGAGCUCUACAGCCGCCUCAACAACUGCUGAGUCCCGGGGGCACCGGGGGACGGGACCGGGGGCGGCCCCGGAGAGCCCGGCCGGGAC